GGAAGAGCGUGCCCCGGGUAGGGUGUGCAGGCGGGAGGGUUUGCGUAAAUCCUUCCGUCAGGCUCACAAGCGGAAUUUCCCUUUUUCCUUCGUCACCCGGCUAAUUGGAAAGGCUGCGGACUUUCUGCGCACGAAAAAGCAAUCUGAAUGUUGAAAUCAGUGAUCUCUUCACAGAGACAGUAGGUCUGGGGGAGUCCACGGGCCCCUCCUGGUUUCUGUCCUGCUUAGUUCAGUGCCCAACAGGGUCGCCUGCGUGUGCAGCGCUCUCUCCGUAGGUGACAGCGUCACCGUGUCAUUCUCUGGGGUUCCCCAAACCCAAGGGGGCCGUGAACCCGUCGGCUUACACCGUUGCCCUCCUGGUAGGGAGGGAGCCCCGGAGACCCCUGAGCCGGGCAGCGGGCGGGAGGAAGGCCAGUGGUGGGUCUGAGGCAUUGGGACGUCUGACUUUGGGUCGCGACCGAGUUAACCUCAUUGUCCGUUUGGCUCAGUGACCCCUCUGAGGUCGCCGGGCCGGGGUCGGCCCCCAGGGCUCUGCCUGCGGGUCCUGCUCCCCCGUCAACAGGAGGGGAUGGGACGCUGGCCGGCACGGGGAACCUGGGACAGCCCAGGCGGCUUCUGUGCAGGGCCCCUGCCCCCCGACCAAGGGACCCCGCUUUGUGGACCUCUGAGUGUCCCCAGCUGUGCCGGGGCCUCCUUCCCGGGGCUGGGAGUUUGGAACCAUCUGCUGUUCUCAUCACAUAGUUUCCACCUUCCUGGGAACAGCCCGUUUGUGGACGGCGUCCAGCUCCUUCUGUGGCGGCCGCCUCCUCUCUGGUGUGUGUGCGGCUCGGGCCCCACGCAAGCCCUGCCCCCACUGCCUGACACCUCAGUCCCUGCCCCCCGGGCUUGAAAUGAAAUAAAGCUGGCCUCAGGGGUUUGCGAAGGAGACACGCUGAGGGCACCAGUCCCGGGAUGAAGGUCUGGAGGGUCCGCGGGCUGGGACGGCCCCGUUGCUGAGGCAGCGAGGGGGUUCGCGCAGGUGUCCCGGCGUCUCUUGCGGCAAACGGUGCGCCCCACAGAACGUGUCAGGUUCAUGCUAUUGAGGACGGAGCGCAGCUCACCAGGGGUUGUUAGCCGCAGACCCGGAUCUUCCGGAGGUCUGGUCUGCCCCUGAAUUGUGGGUGGACCGUCCAGGGAGCUCCCCCUGGCCCCGGUGACACGCUGCGGGCAGAGGUGGGCACACGGGCCUGAGAAGACGGCCACAGUAACGUCAUAAUACGGGGAGCAGCUGGGGGCCCCGGUUGUCCCUGAAGGUCUCUGUGGCGAGUGGAGACAAAAGCAAUGCCUACCCUGCUGUGUUUACGUGCACGUCGCUCGGGCUUCUGGACUCUCCUCUCUGCAGGCUGGCUUGGGUCUCGGAGAGGGAGACACGUGGCGACAAGCGGGAUUUGCUUCCUAGAUGCGUAAGUGGCCACAGUUCUUACGUUCUGUGUAAGUUUUGACUGUUUUCUCUGUAUUAAAAUAAUUUUGAUGCAUGGUUGUUGUAACGUGAGUAGGUGACUUUCGGUUCACUGUUUCCAAGUAAAACGCCGACAGCUCAGAGCUGAUCAUCUGGAACAAAGUACACCUGCCUUCUGCCGUGGCCUCGCCCUCUGGUGUGGCCUCACGGCCCCUUGCUCCCGUGGCAACCGGCUCCUCGGCUCCACAGGUGUUUCCAGCACCUUCUCCGGGCAUUUCUGAGGCACCAAGAGAUUUGCUCUUUUCCCUCCUUCUUGUUCACUGUAAGGGCCAACGUGCUGCAGUGGAAAACCAACAUUUGCUUUGAGUUUUUCUUGUGAGACCGGCUUCCGAACAGCACGACUCCACAGGCACCUUUCAGGUUCGCGUUCUCUUCGCGUAAGACGGGGUGAGUAGCACCUUCCUCUCUCCUGGAGCAGCGUCAGCGUUGGCGUCCCCUGCGCUUGCCUCCUUGGGGAGGGACGGCGGGAUUUGCUGGUGCCUCGGAGACUCUGGGGGACGCCGAGCACACCCUCCGGCUGGAAUCUAAAACAGGAAGUGUGGACUCCAGACCCACAGCUUGGAAUGUCAAAGCCUUUGUCACUGGAACCAGCAGAGGCCAAGGGAACGCAGCUCACUGCCCUCCUGGGGGGUGGGGGGGUCUCCAGGGUGACCGCAGGACCCUCUACUGUCAGGGCUCCGCCCCUGCUGGUCCCCACCUCCGGCUCGGUGUCUCAGAGCCUCUGCUUAGCGGGAAGGUGAAGCUGGGUGAGCGUCCACGGCGCGUCCCCUGCUCCCCCUGCCCCCAGAAGAGACCAGGAGGCCCAGGGGCCAGACGCUGUUCACAGGCCCAGGGAGAAGCGGCCGCUGGCCGGGCUGGGUCAGUCACCUUGGGGGUCGGUGGGAAUACGGCAGCUUUGAUGGGAAGCGAUGCCCAGAGGAGGCGCGUUUCUCCAGCACAAGCGGCGGCCGGGGUGGAGGCUGGUCCUCGCGGCGAGAUGUGGCCCCAGCGGCCGUGCAGAGGGGCCAGGGGCUCUGCCACCGUGUGUCUCGGGGGCCACUGAGUUUCUAAAUCACACGCAUGCAACCGCAGGGCACGCGGCUCCCGUGCAGGACGGACACAUUCACUUCAUUCACGUAUCCGGCUAUCGUGACCCCCGCUUCCUCCAGCUUGUGAUCCCCUGGCUUGAACGUGACCUCCGCCUCGUGGUUGGUCCCCGUGAAUCUGCCCAGAGCGGCCAUCUUCAACGGAGGAAUCGCCACCAAGCACAAAGUUGCCCAAAAACGCCCACGCAAACCGCGCCGCCGAGGAGACCACGAGAAGGAGCUUCGAUUGCGGGAGGAGCUGAAGCAGGAAGUUGGGGCGUGGCCUCGUUCCCUCGGCAGGACGGUGGGCAGGGCGGCCCCCGCUUCCUGGGGCGCCAGCGGCCUGACAGUGCCGAUAAGGGGCUGCAGCGCACUUCCGCGAGCAGGCGAAGUCACAAGGGGACCCCGGAUAGCGAGCAGGAGGAGGGACGUCGGGGACGGCCGUGGGGCGCGUGCUCUGGGCGAGGCGAGGGACGGACCUCUCAGACGCGGGAACGUGUGGCUUCCCGUGCCUGUCCUCCCGUGUGGUUGGGGGUCUCAGUCUGCGGGCCUCAGGAAGCCCUGCUCCCCCUCGCGGCCUCCCCGUCAGCCCAGCGCUUCGGCACACGGGGUGGGGGCCGGCCACCUGCAGCUGGGGGACGGGGUGGGGGCCGGCCACCUGCGGCGGGGACGGCCCCGGGGACGCUCAGGUCCAGACGAAGCGAGGCCGCUCUGUCCGAGUGGCUCCAGGGCAGCAGACAGGUGGGCGAGCCUCUAUGUGAGCGGGGAUCCCGAGCCACACAGCGCCCUGAGCUGACCUGACCUGCACCUCGGCUGCUCGGAUGCACAGAGUCGGAGCAGGAAGGGCACUGGUUUGACUGGAAGAGACGCAAAGCAGCCACAGCCCACGGGCCAAGGGGAAGGCCUCCCCUUGGUGAAACCACAGCCCGUAAGAAAGACAGCUCUCACCAACCACGUCGUCCAGAGCGUUUCCAGUGAAAAUUGUUUUUCCGUUUGGGGUUGGGGAGAGAGGGUUCCAAUGCUGCCAAAGAAAUCCCUUCUCGCGGCAGGUGCAGAUCCUCGUGGCGUUUGUAGGCAGCUCUGUGUUCUCCAGAGGGGCUCUUAACCCCACGGAGCCCAUCUGGGGGGGGGGGGCCCAACGGGGUCUGUGUUCAGUGUCUCAGGCUCUUGUCACGUGGGGCAGGGAGGAGCCGCACGAGCCCUCCCGCGUGUCUAGUCCCCGCACGGGGAGGGAAGCUCUCGAGCACUGUGGCCCCACGAUGCACGUGACAGGCGGCCCCCGCGGGACGGCCCCAAGUGCCUCUGAAAACGGCCAGGGGUCCCAGGGGAGCUGGGGCACACGGGCUCUGAACCUUCCCUGUGUGCCCACCUCCCAGCACGUUCUGGAAUGAGCUCAGGUCCGCGUGCACCCACGUCCUGGCUCCAGAACCUCCUCACAGCCGCGGAAGCUCCCUUCAGGACCUCAGCCAGACUUGGCUGCCUUCCUUCUCGGAGCCUUCCGGAGGUUUGGGACCGAUAGGGAUGAAAUGCCAAGUUCUCCCGUUGAGGCAGAUUUCUAGGCCGGGGAUGGAGCCCAUCCUGCCUGGUCACUGCACCCCGUGCCCCAUGAGCGCCCCGUCCGCCCCCAAAAAGCCGGCUGCGCACCAUAACCAGAUGCUUCCUGUUUGUCCCUCCCCGUCCGUUCCUUGCCCCCCAUGCCCCCCCACCCUGUGGUUCUCCAGAAGGAGACUCCCGUCCCGGGACAGAGCCGGGUCCUGAGGUACAGCGGACCCUCACCACCCGCGCCCUCCAUGAUGCGUGACGCACACCCCGAAGCGGCCCAUUCAGACCCUCGACGGUCUGUAAAGGGACCCAGAUCCCAAGGAGCACGUGUCAGGUCCCCCCAAAUCCCUUCUUCCUGUUUCUGCCACUCAUGCGAGCCGUCCCCGACCCGGCAGUUCCGCCCUCUUGUUCACCCAAAACCUUUGCCUUCCGGCUGCAAACGGCGCCGCCCUGGCUCCCGACUUGCAGCUUCUGCAGUCAGGGCUAGCAGCCGAUGGGGCUUAAGGGACACGUUUCACCAGGAAAUAGCCGUUUUUCUGACAAUACCAAAUGUCUGUAGAUUUGGACGUGAGGCCCACGGCUGAGGCGUGGCUGAUGCUGAGCCAGGGAAGGCGGGGACGCGCUGUGGACGUGGGGCCGGCUCCACGCGGGUGCGGGUGGGGUCAGCGGUGGGGCAAGACGGGCGUCCAGCCUGGGGGGGGGGUCUGGCUUGCAGCACGGCCACGAGAGCCCGGGUGGGCAAAGGACCAGAGGAAAAGCCCCAGGACCAGGACUUCCCACGCGGUCACCACGGAGCCCCUGCUGUCUCUCCUCAGGCGUCACGUGGAGUUUAGGACGUCCUGGCUCGUGCUGGAAGCAACCCCUUCCUCCGACCGUACUGGGGACGCCGGGACCCUGUGACGGACGCCAGCCGCGCGGCCCCCGUGGCAUCUGACCCCUUCCCUCUGGCCUGGGCCGGGGGCUCCGGAGGCUCCGGAGGGGGCUCCGGCUGGGGGCUCCGGAGGGGGCUCCGGAGGACGGAGCCUCCCUGCUCCCCGCUGUGCGCCCCGCGCUCUGGGGCCCCCCUCGCCACCCGGCCGUCAGCGCACGGAGGGCCCGUCCAACCAGGUUCCCAGAGAGCGAGGGCCGUCGAGGACGAAAGGCUGCCUGGCCUGCGCUGAAGUGAGCCCGGCUGCAAGACCGACGUCCGCAGGCCUGUGGAGAGUGUCGUGUGCUGUGCUCUUAAAAAAGUAGCUUUUCCGGCUUCUGUGUGUGUGACACCAGGGCCACGUUUGAGGAUGGUGUCGCCUGCUCACUGUCUGCUCACCUCGGGCUGCUCUCUAACCGGAGGACACGCCGGCGUCUCGGUGAGGCCAUCGUCCCCCCUCCUGCUCUGGCCUGAGGAAUUCACGCCCGCGUGCCCCACCGCGAGUCCGGGGCUGGAGGGACACAGUGUCGUCCGACCCCACAGGCAGAGGGCUGGCUGCUCCCUCCAGCCCCUGUGGUCUUCCCAGGUGACAGCUCUCUGGUCUGAAAUACCCCCCAGGGCAGCUCUGGGACGUGUCUCCCGUCCGCGGACAUAGCAGGAAAGAGGUGCUAAAAUUCUCGCCACAAGAGAAAAAAAAAAACAAACAUUUUUUUCCCUUUUUUUUCAAAAAAUUUUUUUUAAUGUUUUUAUUUAUUUUUGAGACAGAGAGAGACAGAGCAUGAGCAAGGGAGGGGCAGAGAGAG